AUGGAAUCACCGAAUUCAUCGCGCCGACGACCCCGCAGCGAAGAGGAAGAUGAAGAACCCGCCUCAACUGCUCACUCGCGCGCACCGAGUGCCAAACGCCCCCGCUUGAACCCCGCGGGAGGCGAUAGUGAGGUUUUCGAAGAAGAAAGUGUUGAAGCUGAAGGCGAAUAUGAAGAGGAAGAAAGUGGUGCAGAAAGUGAGGGAUCUGGCACCUCAGAAACCAUCGCCAAUCCACCGCAAGUUGUACCUCACGACGGGCUGGGCCCUGGUGGUUAUAAGCCGGGUGCCAUUGUACGCAUCAAAGUGACGAACUUUGUCACCUACACAUCGGCGGAGUUCUUCCCAGGCCCGAAGUUGAACAUGGUGAUUGGGCCUAAUGGCACGGGCAAAAGCACAUUGGUUUGUGCAAUUUGUCUUGGACUUGGAUGGGGCCCACAGCAUCUCGGACGUGCCAAAGAUCUAGGCGAGUUCGUCAAACACGGCAACAAAGAAGCCGUCAUCGAAAUCGAACUAUGUGGACCACCAAAGAUAGGCCACAACCCUGUCAUCCAACGAACAAUCAAGCGUGAUGGCAACAAGAGCUCUUUUCUGGUUGAUGGACAAACCGCCUCCAAGAACGAGGUACUCAAACUCGCUCAGUCAUUUGCCAUUCAGGUGGACAAUUUGUGCCAGUUUCUUCCUCAGGACAAAGUUGCUGAGUUUGCUGCGCUUACUCCAAUUGACCUCCUCCACUCCACCCAGAGGGCGGCAGCCGGUCCCGAGAUGCUCGAAUGGCAUGAUGCUCUGAAAAGUCUCAGGAACAAGCAGAAGAGAUUGGAGCUUGACAACGGUGGCGACAAGGAUACUCUCGCAAACCUGGAGAACCGCCAAGAAAUGCAACGGGCAGACGUUGAACGAAUGCGUGAACGUGCUGAAAUUGAAAAUCUUAUCAAGAUCCUUCAACAAUGUCGACCGGUGGUGGCGUACAAACAGCACUUGGAUGCCUUUAAUGCCGUGAAAGAGAAAAAGGCUCAGCUGAAAGAAGACUACGAACGGAUCAAGCAAGAGAAUGCGCCAGUCCAACAUGCAUUAGAAGCCAAAGCCGCCUAUAUCGAAGAGAUGAAUGGGGCCAAAGAUGAUCGAAGUGAUGCCGUUGACGAGGCGUCCAAGCGCGCCGCCGCACGGGGCAAAUUGAUUGAACAGCUGGACGCGAAAAUCAAUGAUAUCAACGGCCAAAUUGAAGGCGAGAAGAAGAGCGUCUCAAGCCAAAAGGCCGAAGCAAUGAAGACAAGGCAAGCCAUCAACAAACUCGAACGCCAAUUGAACGAUGAGCCCGUUGAGUUUGACCCGGAAUCUUUCAAUGAGUCUCUGAGAGAGAAACGACACCGGAAACGUGAGAUAGAGGUGGAAGCCGUGGAGAUCAAAGACAGGCGAACUCCUAUCGUGGAAGGCCAGAAAGAGGCCAAGAUGGAGAUCGAAAAGGCUGAGCGCCAGCUGGCCAAUCUGGACUCGGCAUCUGGUCAGCAAGAAAUCAAGCUUAAGAAUGCAUCUAGAGAUACGGCGGAGGCCUACGAAUGGCUUCUUAAGAAUCAGAACAAGUUUGAACAGGAAGUCUUCGGCCCCCCUAUUGUGACCUGCUCAAUCACAGAUCCAAAGUUUGCCGAUGCCGUCGAGUCUAUAUUCCAAAAGACAGACUUUACCUCAUUCACUGUUCAGAACCGAAAUGACUUCCGCACAAUGCAAAGGGAGCUCCUUGGUGGCAUGCAACUCCACGAUAUCUCCAUCCGGACCUGUUCGAUGUCACUUGACCAACUGAAGCCUCCAAUGCCUAAUGAUCAAAUCCGGCAAUUGGGGUUCGAUGGCUGGGCGAGAGACUUCCUCACUGGGCCUGAUACCGUCAUUGCCAUGCUGUGCAGCGAGAAGAACCUACAUGCGACUCCCCUUUCGGUCGGAGAAAUAUCCGAGGCAGCAUUCAGCAGGCUGCAGGAGAGUAGCUCGCUGAGCUCCUGGGUAUCCGGCAAGAGUGCAUACAAUAUCACUCGGCGCAGAGAGUACGGACCUGGUGCGACAUCAACACGGGUUCGACAGGUUAAGAGCGCAACUAUUUGGACCUCACAACCUGUUGACCAGAGUCUCAAGCAUCGAUACCAGGAGGACAUUGACCUAUGGAAAGAGAAACUUGCCGAUCUCACUAGGAAAUUUGACUCUGAAAAGGACACCGUUCAGAAACUACGUGAGGAAUCGGAGCAGCUCAACAAGGACAUGAAAGAGAUUGAGAAGGAGAAAGAGGCCAAACAGACUGCGCACACUCAAUACCGGGCAAUUCCAAAAUUGAUUGACGAUAAUAAAGCCAAGCUUGAUGCCAUCACGACCAUGUUUAGUGACAUGCGAGAAAGAGUCCGCGGUCUCCGCAACAAACAAGACGCCCUUGCAAACGAGAAGGCUGAGGCUACUGUGCAAUACGCCGAUGCCGUUGAAAUGUUCCGCCAGGCGUUUGAAGAGCUGAUGAACAUCCAAGUCCAAUUUUUGGAGGCCAACUCUGACCUGGUGACCUUGCGGCGACGCCAUGCCGAAACCGAGAGGGCGACGGCGGAGAAGAGACAGCUGUUCCAAGAUGCCGUCGCAUUGGCAAGAGAGCUCCAGACCAAAGCCAGGGAAGCCAGGCAGGAGGCUCAGAAGAUCAUCAAGGAUGUAGAGGAGUUGCCUGGCGGAAAAGAGAUCAUUGAUGGGCUUGCAGAUCACGAUAUCGCCCGUCAUGAGGCUGACAUUGAAUCCCAAGUGGCGCGGCUUCAAUUUACUCAUGGUGGAAGCGAACACAUGGUCAAGGAAUUCGAAGACCGCGAAAGGUCGAUUGCUCAGCUGCGGUCGAAACUUACCGAAUUCGAGAGGCAACUUGCAGAAAUGAACGGUGCCAUCGACGAAAUCCGUCAAAGAUGGGAGCCCCGACUAGAAGCCCUCAUUGAGAAGAUCAGUGAUGCCUUCUCUGAUUCAUUCCGACGGAUUGGCUGCGCUGGCCAGGUGACCCUGGGCAAAGCCGAAAGUGAGCCUGGUCCCAAUGGUGAGCCAGGAGCCAGUGAAUUUGCAGAGUGGUCCAUUGUGAUCCAUGUUGCAUUCCGCCAGGACGCGCCCCUGUCUGUAUUGAACGCGCACCGCCAAUCCGGCGGCGAACGCGCCGUGAGUACGAUCUUCUACCUGAUGGCGCUCCAGUCACUCUCCGCAUCACCCUUCCGCGUGGUCGAUGAGAUCAACCAGGGUAUGGACCCACGUAACGAGCGCAUGGUUCACGGACGCCUGGUCGACAUUGCGUGUGCCUCCAGUGAACCGGAUGAGGUCGACGACAGCGGCAACCCGAUCGGCGGGGGCGGGGGCGGCCAAUACUUCCUCAUUACACCGAAGCUACUCAAUGGUCUCGCUUACAAGCGGGGCAUGCGUGUGCUUUGCAUUUACAGCGGUGAGCACAUGCCCCAAGAUUAUGGCAAGAUCAAUUUCAAGGAAGCGAUUCGGAAGAUGGCCGCACUCACUGGUAAGGAGGCUGGUCCUCUCAUUGAGAAUCACCACACCCCGGUCGUUGCGUGA